AUGACUCUCGUAGCUAUCGUCUCUGUACUGCCCAUCCCAACACCAGGCACGAUCGCGAUAAGACCCAAAAAAUGCGGGAUUGAAUCCUCAUCGCCACAACAAACCACAAUGGAAGAACUUUCAAAUGUCAUUCCCGAAAGCGGCGAUUCCGAUCAAGUGAUUAUCGUGGACACAGAAACAGUAUCAACUACUAAUGGACUCGGAUCCUUGCAAAAACAAGAAAUGGUAUCCUCCGUGGAGCCUAUUGAGGACGAGCAGGACAGCGAUUUGGAAUCCUUGAACAGUGACCAGGAGAGUCAAGGCGACCAGGAGACUCAGAAUCCUUGUCGUAAGGUAUCUCUCUGUGUUGGAGAGCGUGUAGUUGUGGGAAGAGCGUCAAAAACCAAUGCGGAAAGACAUCCCGAGUUCGACAACCUUUUGUUCCAUAAUGCCCACCUUUCUAAGGUUCAUGCUGAAAUCGAGUACAAACCCGGAUUCUAUAUCAAGGAUCUUGGCUCGUCGUUUGGAACGGUUGUCAAUGGUCUCGUUUUGGCACCGGAAGAACCUUUAAAGUUGAAGGACGGUGAUGUUAUCGGAUUAAUUAUGUUGAAACCUUCGAAGAAGAUUGCAAAGGUGUUUGACAAGUUCACCAGCGAAAAGCUUAUUCCGUUGAAUGAAUUCGGAAGUCCUCAAUUAGACAUCAAGAAGCGUGUGUUUAUCAAGGGCAACACCAUUGAAUUCUACGAUGUGGAGGGCUCAAUUGACAAAGUAUCCGUUGACGAGACCGACUCCGCUCUGGAACUGGUCGAGCAAGUCCAGGAGUUGAUUCAGCUCUCGGAAUCUGAGGUUUCGGAGUCCGAGGUGUCCGAAUCUGACUUUUCAUCUGGUGAUGAAAUCUCUCACACUCAGAUUAUCUUUGACUCGUUCAGCGAUGACGACGCCAGCACUCCUUCCGAAGAAGAAACGGAACCCGAGUCUCGCAAGAGAAGCCGUUCGGAUAUGGAAAACCAAGACUCAUUCAUCAUGCUUGUGUCUGAGAACGAUGAGGAUCUUCAACAAUUACUCGCACCUCCUCCUCCUCCUCCUGCAGAACCCCAACAGGUGAAGCGUCAAAAGACGAACUCAUGGUCUGUCAAGACAGUUCUUAAGGAAGUUGGUAAAGCAUUUUUCUAUACUGCUGCCACAGUGGCAGCAUUGGGAUUGUAUGGCAGCACCAUUGAUCCUGAGAAGUAA